AGUCCAGUGUGUGCCGCUGCUGUUUUUGUUGUCAGGUUUGCCCGUUGAUGCUGUAGACCAAAUUAAAAUAUAAUUGAUUGAAAAUGGUGGGCUAUGGAUCGGAAACGGAGGGGGACGAGCAGGAAACUCCUCUUCUUCAACGGAGGCACGAAGACAAAGUACAGAGGGUCUCCUAUUUCUCUCUCCUCCUCCCUGUAGCUCCAGUCUGCUGUUCAUCACGCUAUGGCCUGGCGCUGCUCUCUUCCUUAGGCUUCUUUGUGGUAUACUCCUUGAGAGUGAACCUUAGUGUGGCCAUGGUGGACAUGCUUAACACCACCCGCGAUUCCAGCACCAACCACAGCGUCUCAGUUUGUCCAGCUCAUGCAAGCCCCCCUCGACCCAAACACAACCACACGGCCAGAGUGUACAACUGGGACUCAGAGACACAGGGCUGGAUCCUGGGCUCAUUCUUCUACGGCUACAUCCUGACACAAAUACCUGGGGGCUACCUGGCAGGCCGCUUUGGUCCCAAGUGGCUGAUGGGUUUGGGAAUCCUGGGAACUGCAAUUUUUACGCUGCUCACCCCUAUGGCUGCUGACCUGGGUGCAGGCUACCUCAUUGCAGUUAGAGUGCUGGAAGGUAUAGGAGAGGGAGUCACUUUCCCUGCUAUGUACUCUAUGUGGGCAGCAUGGGCUCCACCACUGGAGAGGAGCAGACUGCUCACAAUUUCAUACAUUGGAGCUCAACUGGGGACAGUAGUAUCGCUCCCUCUGUCGGGUGAAAUCUGCUUCUACUUGGACUGGACAUAUGUCUUCUACUUGUUUGGUGUCGUCGGCGUGGUGUGGUUUGUCCUGUGGGCCUUUUUUGUCUUUGACAGUCCAAGUACUCACCCACGGAUAUCAGAGAGGGAGAGGAACUACAUCACUGCCUCACUCAAGAAUGAGCUGUCCACUUCAAAAGGCGUCAUCCCCUGGAAAGCAAUAGUGACAUCUAGACCACUGUGGGCUAUUGUAGUAGCUCAUUUCUCUUAUAACUGGACCUUCUACACCCUCCUCACCCUGCUGCCUACCUACAUGAAUGACAUCCUGGGCUUCAGCAUACAGCAGAAUGGCAUGCUGUCAGCUCUUCCUUACAUGGGCUGUGCUGUGUUUGCUGUACUAAGCGGUCAGUUUGCUGAUUACCUUCGGGAAACCCUCCUAUACCGCACUGUUGUUGUCCGGAAGGCUUUUACACUAGUUGGUAUGAUUGGGCCAGCAGUGUUCCUUGUGGCAGCAGGUUACACAGGCUGUAACUACACCUUGGCUGUAACCUUCCUCACCAUCUCCUCCUCUCUGGGUGGAGUUUCAGCCUCUGGAUUCAACAUCAACCACCUUGACAUUGCACCUUCGUACGCUGGUAUUCUUCUGGGAAUUACCAACACCUUUGCCACCAUACCUGGCAUGGUAGGACCGGUCAUAGCAAGGGCACUCACCAAACAUAACACCAUACCAGAAUGGCAGGCCGUCUUCUACAUUGCUGCUGCGAUCAACCUGUUUGGUGCAUCAGUCUAUACCAUGUUUGGUCGAGGAAUGGUGCAGCCUUGGGCCGUCCAAUCAGGCUACUCUCAUGGAGACUGAGGAACAGGACCCAGACUUUUUAACAGUUCAAGCUUGCCAGAUGGAUAAGUCUCAAACAUAGGCUGAUUCGGCAGGUAUCUUUAUCAAGGGAUGUUCCAGCUGUGCUAUUAAUUUUAGAGCACAGCUAACAGUGAGUAAAAAGCCAUAUUACACUCUUUGUUCUUUACUGUAGCUGGUUCUCGAGGGUCUGUAGACAGAUGAACUUACAUCUGGACAAAGAAGACUGCAGUUAAAAGAAAGUGAAAAUUUAUCAGAGACAAAAUAAUGACUGAGAAGAACAAACAAUCUUAGUUGGUUUCACCAAAGAGAUGUAUCACAGAAAGCUGCUUUUGUGGAAGCACUAUCAACUUUAAAUGAGAAAAAGAAAUGAAAGGCAGUGAGCUUGUAUAGCUAAAAUCUGUCUGGUGGUCAGGCACUAUGUAUACCAAGGUAAAUAAGCUGUGAAAGACAAAAUAGUUCUCUUCUGGUGUUCAGGUUUGUCUGUUAACCAACCUACUAGGCUUAGUUGUUAGUUUGUCUCUAGAGCACUUUGCUUUAUCUUUUUACACCGUUGAACUCUACGGUGUGCAACACAAAAUUUGCUAGUUUUAAACUCAUACAGUGCCAGUAAGUGUAGCCUUUAAAAAAUUUGGCCUAACAAUGACGAACAUGACGGCUCAACACUCACUCUUUCGAAAAUGGCUUUAGCACGCACAAACACUUGCCUUAUAGUGAAGUCUCCUUACGAUGAUUUUAAAGCUCUUUGUCUUUCAUAUGAUUGAAAAUGGACCAUUUUGUAAUAUUGUGAUGUUUUAUGUGUGCAACAACAUGCACUGUCUUGAGUAAUGCUCAACGGGCAGGCACCCUUUUUGUAUCUGGUGGUAGCCUCUGACUGAAAGCAAGGGUCAAAAUAUUUUGUGUUUGGAACACUAAGAUGAUUGGAACGAGUGAAUAUAAUUUUCAUUUAGGGAAAUGAAGAAGUGAUGUUCCUGGUGACAUUACUCAGUAUACAGAAUUUGCACUUUCUGUGUUAAUUCUCAGGUAUCUAAUGUCUCAUAAUGAUAGAUAAGGAUGUUUGUUUAAUUUUAACAUAUGAAGUGAUCUACUUUAAACUUAUGUUUGUUUUCAAGAUUCAAGUUUCAGCCAAAUCAGAUCCCAUUUUUAAAACUGUUUAUAGCAUAGCAAUGCCAUAUAGCAGUGAAGUUAAAUGUUUUUAGAUUAGUUUUUAGUCUUAACUGUACUUAUAACCAGACUUUUUCUUUCAUAUAGAAUUCACUUUUUUCAAGUCAAACCUACAGAAUAACAUAUGCUUUAUGUUUUACCGUCUUACUAAUUGAAACAAGUUGGAUAAAUCAUAACAAAUCAACAGGGAAACACUUAGUUUGGUUGUAGUUGUUUUCAACAAGAUGCAUCAUCAUCCUUAUCUUCCCAGUUUCAGAUUUAAUGCACUUGUGCCUUAUAAAAAUAGCUGAAACAGGCUGUAUGAUUAUGGACUUUAGAUUCUUUCUGUUGAUAAAGGGGUUCUUUUUCACUGUUUUUUCUAUUAUUUCAUGUUUACAUUAGUGUUUAUUUACAUAGGAUAAAGGGACUGUGCUGAUGGUGACCAUUGUAAAUCUUCAGCUUGGAAAUAUUGCAGAAAUGUGACUAAAAUCACUGCCCUGUUUACUAUAAAUAUAUAUAUAUAUAUAUAUAUAUAUACUCACAUACAGCUGUUUUCUCAUCUGGUACUCUCUUGGGUAAUUACUGUGUUAUUCCAAUUAAAUGAAUUACUGAAGUAGUUUCCCUUUUUAAAUGAAUAA